GUGUCUGCAAGGGUCGUGGGUCUCCACUUCUCGUUGUUGUGUCUGGAGCUGGAACCUGGUGUUUGAACAUGUCGCUGCUUCACAGGAUUCAUUCUGGUUUGGUGAAGAUGAGAAACGUCUCUGGACGAACUUCAGUGUUUCCUGCGACAACUUCCAGACUCCAGUACAGUCAGAGACAGGACUCCAGGCCGGCCUCCCUCUCGCUCCGUCCCGAGACGUCCAGCACCAAGAGCAUGAUGGACAUCGGGACGCGCAGAAUAUUUGACGAGGACCACGACCUCUUCAGACAGAACGUGCGGCGUUUCUUUCAAGAGGAAGUGGUUCCAUACCACGCGGAGUGGGAGAACGCAGGUCAGGUGAGCCGGGAGCUGUGGGAGAAGGCUGGGGAGCAAGGCCUGCUGGGAAUAUUGAUCCCAGAGGAGCGCGGUGGCGUUGGAGGAGAUCUGCUUUCGGCGGCUGUCAUGUGGGAGGAGCAAAUGUACUGCAACUGCACGGGUCCGGGUUUCUCGUUGCACUCUGACGUCGUCAUGCCGUACAUCUCCAACUACGGCAGCAAGGAGCAGAUUGAACGCUUCAUUCCAGACAUGACUGCCGGGAAGAGCAUAUCUGCGAUUGGUAUGACUGAACCAGGAGCAGGCAGUGAUCUCCAGGGUGUGAAGACGUACGCCAAGAGGGACGGCAGCGACUGGAUUCUCAACGGCAGCAAGGUGUUUAUCUCAAACGGGUGGAUGUGCGACGUGGUAGUUGUGGUGACCAUGACGGAUCGUGAGGCGAAGUCGGCAGCACACGGCAUCAGCCUGUUCCUGGUGGAGGACGGCACGAAGGGCUUCCAGAAAGGACGCAAGCUGGAGAAGAUCGGACUGAAGGCUCAGGACACGGCUGAGCUGUUCUUUGAGGACGUGCGGCUGCCGGCUGACGCUCUGCUGGGCGAAGUCAACAAGGGAUUUUACUACCUGAUGAACGAACUUCCUCAGGAACGUCUGGCGAUCGCUGUCAUGGCCAUAGCGAGCUGUGAGUUCAUGUUUGAGGAAACCAGGAACUACGUGUUGCAGAGGAAAGCUUUUGGCAAGACCAUCGCUCACCUGCAGACUGUGCAGCACAAGCUUGCGGAGCUGAAAACCGAGAUCUGCGUGGGCCGAGCCUUCAUCGAUAGCUGCCUUCAGCUCCACGCUGAGAAACGCCUGGACGCCCCCACCGCCUCCAUGGCCAAGUUUUGGGCGUCUGACCUCCAGAACAAAGUCGCCACUCAGUGCCUCCAGCUCCACGGAGGCUGGGGCUACAUGUGGGAGUACCCCAUCGCCAAGGCGUUUGUCGACUCCCGUAUUCAGCCCAUUUACGGAGGCACCAACGAGAUCAUGAAGGAACUCAUCGGCCGCAGCAUCGUCCACCAGAAGUGAGGAACCUGCAAGAACUGGAGAAGGUCAGGUGGUGUCUGUAGAAGUUUGAGCAAGGCACCGAACCCCCCAAUUGCUCCCCGGGUUAGGGUUUUGGAUUGUGUUCCGAGUGUUCCGCGUGUGCUCCGUUCACACGGAUGGGUUAAAUACAGAGGUCAAAUUUCCCAAUGUUUGCAUGUUGCAUGCUGUGUGUGGGAAUCUUAAUCCUAAUAUCUGUGAAAGAAAAAUCAUCCGUCCCCUGAUCAGCCCCAAACUUUCAUGGGUUCUUCACAGACUGAAACCACCAAGAAACAUAACGUGACAGUUUUGUAAUAAUGUAGAUUAUAUAUUAAAUAUAAUAUUCUAUAUCAUAAUAUUUCAGUUCUAAUCUCAUGAGCACUUUAAAAUGUAAAUAAAAAGUGAAACUCUGAA